AUGGGAGGAGUACUCUGUUGUAGGACGCAGCCAAUCACCGACGAAAACCAGCCAAAUAAGAAGAAUGAAGAUGUCCCUCAUAAAUCAUCAUCGUCAUCAAUAGCAGCAGCAGAUUACAAGCCUAAAAAGUGGAUGACACUGGAGGAAUGCUUAAUGGCUUCACCUAACAUAAAUGUUCAUCAUCAUUCAUGCAUUUUGGGAGGAGGAGGUCAUCAUGAUCAGGCUCAGAUGUUCAGGAAGAAUUUGCCAAACAAAAUCCAUCCAUCUUCUUCCCCUGAUGAUGAUGACAUAAAUAUUGAAGAAUUUUUCACCCCGAGUCGCAGUUUCUCAUUAGGGAGAAUCGACGAAAGAGAAGAAGAAGAAGAACAGGACGAGAAGUCGUCAGCCUCAGUAACUCCAUCAAGUAGAGUUGGAAGCGGGAAGUCAGGAAGGAAAGUGAGUUUCAGGUUACCUGGAGAAGCAGACAUAUUCAUUUACCAUACACCAAAAGAAACACUGGAUGAAGAACCUUAG